GCCACAGGCCAACAUGGCAAGGUGUUUGCAUCUCGGCUCCUUCCUUUUCACUAAGAUGGUCAAUACACCCCGUAUCUCAAUGGGAGUCAAAACUUGCCUCAUUAAAAUCUGGACCCCACACAGCCAAGGCAAAGCCAUCAGCAUCCACUCGGCCAUACACUCCGACUCUGAAAAUAACAGCUUGUCGGAGGAAAAAGUCAUUAUACACUUUAUUAACCAAGAUGGCAUCAAGACCACCACUGCUGUUACUGAAGGACAGACCCUGUUGGAUGUUGUCGUAAACAAAAACUUGGACAUAAGUGGUUUUGGUGCAUGUGAGGGGACAUUAGCAUGCUCCACCUGUCAUCUCAUUUUUGACAAGACAUUUUAUGAGAAGAUGGAACCAACGGUGGAUGAGGAGAUGGAUAUGCUAGAUCUAGCUUACGGGCUUACCAAGACGUCCCGUCUUGGUUGCCAGGUGACAGUGCAGAAGUGGAUGGAUGGUAUGACUGUCCAAGUGCCCCAAGAGGUGAGGGAUGCUGUGGGAUCUAAAGGCAGCCAGUGAUCCUUCAUGCAACCUGCUACACCUCUCACCUACUGUACCAAGUCUAAUCAUCAUCAUAAUCAAACAUCUCCAGAAACAUAUCACUCAGGACCACUCUGACAUGUAUUACCCUUUUGCUCUACCAAUCAACUAGCUUCUGUUGGAGAAUCGGUUGUAACAAUUACAUAUUACCUGUACAUUGCAUACAAAAUGGCCUUAAGAAGACAUUCCUGUAAUUAUAAAUAGUAAGUUAUUAAAUGUUACAAACAUUGCCUGUAGUUCAAUGACAUGUCACCUAGCAUGCUGGCUUUAUAAAAGGAAACCAUUGGAAAUAUGGAAGCACAUUAAAGUGGACUAUCUUUAUUCAGCAGUUCUCUGCAAAGUGCCUUCAGAAAGUAUUCACACUCCUUGACUUUUUCCUAAAUGUGUUGUG